CGCUGUAACCGUCGCCGAGCAAAAUGCAAUGCUUCUACAAUCGGCUUACCGUGUUCAGCCUGCUCGGAGCUGGGUCUCACUGAUUGCCAAUUCAUCCAGUCCAAGAGGAAAUGGAAAAAGAGCAUGCGCCAGCUCUUAUCGUCCAAUUCGGAAGAAGCUGCCGAGCUUACGCGUGAAGGGCGAGGCCCACCAGCUACAUCACCUCUGUCGGACGUUGCAUACCCUCCAGAUGAGGGCGAUAAAGAGGAUGACGAGGGUUCGGUCGUUGAGUCCAGCGUUACGAACCCUUCCGAAUCAAACGAAAGCGAGACUUGGACGAAAGCAGCAGACGUGAUCAGUGUCGGUAACCAAGCGGGAGAUGUAUCGGUGUGGUACCUCGGAGGAACUUGGGUGAUCCCAGCAGCGCAAGUGUUUCUAGACCUGAACUCAACGGGUGUGCAUAGGGCGUUUUCGAGUCCUCUGACACCGUCAUUUUGCAGAGAGCUGAUUUCCUCCUUCUUUGAUAAGUUUCAUACAAUCUUUCCCAUCGUUGACGGACGCGACUUCGAGGAAUCACUACGAGCAAAAACGCUGCCAAGGCUACUGCUGGAUACAGUGCUGCUAGCUGGUGUGACGCACUGUAAUAAAGAGCUUUUUCGAAAGAACGGGUUUGCCACCCGCAUGGAGGCGAUUCAAUAUUUCCAUGACAAGGUCUCGGCCGGUUUCGAUUCAUCUCGCAAAACCGCAACACUGGCGUUGAUACAAUGCAUGUUCAUUAUGCAAUUUUAUUGGAUGUCUCCAAGAGAUUGGAAAGAUAUGAAGUUUUGGCUAUCCACAGCAAUCCGGCAAGCCCAGUUCCUCGGCCUGCACAAGAAAACGGAAAUACAGAAGCUGAAACCAUCUAAUCGAAGUCUCUGCCGUCGAAUUUGGUGGUGCUUAUAUAUUCGAGAUCGUCAGUGUGCGUCAGCGACAGGAAUGCCAGUCAUGAUUCAAGAUGAGGACUGUGACGUAGAAGUACCUUGUCUAGAGGAUAUGGAUGAGAAUAUGAGUCUGGAAGCAAAACUAUCUUUUCUCCAGUUGUUAAAACUGAUGCGAGAAGUGAGAUCGCUACUCCGGGCAGAAUUUGGUCCUGCCAGCACACUCUCUAAUCGAAGCCAUAAGGAGCAGUCAAGGCAAGACGUUAUCUCGGCAUGUGAAAGCUGGCAGGCAGAAAUGCCAACAGAACUAAAAAAUCCAUCGAAAGAAUCAGGCACUGCUGUAUUCUACUUGCACAUAUCCUUCCAGUAUAUUACUCAAUCUUGCUAUUCCUGUUCUAGCUAAUCAUUUGAAAAGUACACAAGUCCUC